UCUUCUUAUAUAACCCCACACACUUUACUCAUUGUUUAUGAACAUUCAUAUAUGAUCAUGUAAGUAGUUGUAGUAGUAUUUAUAGCUUUUAUCUUCCUCUCAUUACUGACCCAAAUUGAAAAAAAGAAAAGAUCAAUGGGAUACGACUUACUCCGACGACCGGAAUUUGAAAGUUCCGGUGAUCACCGGCAACAACGUGAAGAAGAAGGAGAAGAACCCAGACCUGACAACAAGAAGAACAGGCUUGUUAUCGUUUCGGUUAUUGCUUUGGGUAUGAUCGUUGUGUCAGCUGUUUGUGCUGGGCUUGCAAUCGUGCUCCGUGAAGGAGCUGCCGACCGUGUUGGCGGCGGCGGUGGAGGAGGCGUAUUGGUCCACCGGAAACCCACUCGAGCUAUAUCCAAGACGUGUAGUAAAGCUCGGUUCCCGAGUCUCUGUGUUAACUCACUCCUCGAGUUCCCUGGCUCACUCGCUGCUAGUGAGCAAGACCUUGUCCACAUUUCGUUCAAUAUGACGUUACGGCACUUUAGUCAAGCUCUUUAUACGACAGCGUCGAUCUCCUACGUUCAAAUGGAUCCACGAGUACGGUCAGCGUUCGAUGACUGCCUCGAGCUUCUAGAAGAUUCCGUCGACGCACUCUCCCGUUCUCUCUCCUCCGUCGUGCCUUCGCAAGACGGCGGUUAUAAAGGCAGCUCGUCCCAAGACGUGAUGACUUGGCUGAGCGCGGCCUUGACGAACCACGACACGUGUACGGAGGGGUUCGAGGGAGUGAGCGGGACGGUGAAGGACCAAGUGGCGGCGAAACUGAACGACUUGGCGGAGCUCGUGAGUAAUUGCUUGUCGAUUUUCGCUGCGAGCGGCGGAGACGAUUUCGGUGGAGUGCCGGUGCAGAACAGGAGGUUGCUGGCGUCGGGUGACGAUUUAUCGGGAGAAAAUGUCGACGAGGACAAAUUCCCGAAGUGGCUAGGGAGGAAGGAGAGGGUACUGUUGAACACCCCCGUGUCGGCGAUCCAGGCUGAUAUAAUCGUCUCGAAAAACGGUACCGUUAAGACGAUCAGCGAGGCAAUUAAAAAGGCGCCGGAGAAUAGUACUCGGCGGAUCAUCAUUUACGUGAGGGCAGGAAGGUACGAAGAGAAAGAUUUGAAGGUGGGGAGAAAGAAAAUAAACUUGAUGUUCAUAGGGGACGGGAAGGGUAAAACAAUAAUUUCAGGUGGAAAAAGUAUUUUUGACAACAUCACCACUUUCCACACGGCUGCCUUUGCUGCAACCGGGGCCGGUUUUAUUGCAAGAGACAUGACAUUCGAGAACUGGGCCGGACCAGCUAAGCACCAAGCGGUGGCUCUUCGUGUCGGGGCAGAUCAUGCCGUGGUUUACCGUUGUAACAUCAUCGGAUACCAAGACACUCUCUACGUUCACUCCAACCGGCAAUUCUACCGGGAAUGUGACAUUUAUGGGACGGUUGAUUUCAUUUUCGGUAACGCCGCCGUGGUAUUCCAAAACUGUAGCAUUUAUGCUCGGAAACCGAUGGCCUUACAGAAAAACACCAUCACUGCUCAAAACCGAAAAGACCCGAAUCAAAAUACGGGCAUCUCGAUCCAUGCAUGUCGGAUUCUACCAGCAUCGGAUCUCGUCGCAUCCAACGGUAGCUUUGAGACGUACUUGGGGCGUCCGUGGAAAUUGUACUCUAGGGUUGUGUUCAUGUUAUCAUACAUGAAUAAUCAUGUACACCCCAAGGGAUGGCUCGAGUGGAACACCACAUUCGCCCUGGAUACACUAUAUUACGGUGAAUACAUGAAUUACGGGCCAGGAGCGGCGAUCGGGCAACGAAUCGGGUGGCCGGGAUAUAGGGUUAUUACUUCCGAGAUUGAAGCAAAUAAAUUUACAGUCCAACAAUUUAUCUACGGAUCAUCAUGGUUACCAUCAACUGGAGUUGCUUUCUUGGCUGGUUUACAAGUUUAAAGCUUGAAUGUUGUUUCACAUUUUGUAUUUAUUUUAGUUUGGUCCAUCUAUCCACAACUAUUUUUUUAUAUAUAUUUUAAUCAAUUUAAUAA